AGUUUUCAUUCAGUUUAUAUUGGGAAACGGUAGUUAACGGUACGUUAAGGAAAUUCUAGGAAAAUCGAAAAAUUUCGAAAUCUCCAAUAACGCGCGAACGUGAGAAUAAUAGAAAAAAUAGAAAUCAAUUAAAAACACACAAAGCAUGGCUGAAACAACAGGCAACAGCACUCAAGACAUUGGGGCCAUAAUUCAAAACAUCAUUGAAAUCGUUGUAUUUUUCAUCAAAUUCUGGUAUGCCACCAUUGAGGGUUUCAUCCGCGGUUUCAUGAAGAAGGAGGAGGUAGAUGUUAGCGGUAAAUUUGUAUUCAUCACCGGUACCGGUCAUGGCAUGGGCAAGCAAAUGGCUUUGCAAUAUGCCGCCUUGGGCGCCAAGGUUCUCUGCGUUGAUGUCAACGAGAAGAACAACAGUGAAACCGUUAAGGAGAUCAAGCAAAAUGGUGGUUCGGCCUUCGGUUAUACCUGUGAUGUUACCAAUCGCGAAGCCAUCUUUGCCCUGUACGAACAAAUCAAGAACGAACAUGGUUUCGUUGAAAUCAUUGUCAACAAUGCCGGUAUCAUGCCAUGCCGUCCAUUGUUCGAACUGACCGAAAAGGAAAUCCGUUUGAUGUACGACAUCAAUGUGUUGGCUCACUUCUGGAUCUUCCAAGCCUUCUUGCCCGACAUGGUUGCCCAAAACAAGGGCCACAUUGUUGCCAUGUCCUCAUGUGCUGGUCUCUUCGGCUUGCCCAACUUGGUGCCAUACUGCGGUACUAAAUUCGCCGUUCGCGGUUUGAUGCAAUCCAUGUACGAAGAAUUGCGCAAAGCCAACAAGGAUACUCAGAUCAAAUUCACCACCAUCUACCCCUACAUGGUCGAUACCGGUCUGUGCAAGAACCCACGUUUCCGUUUCUCAUGGAUGAAAUUGGUCGAUCCCAAGGAGGCUGCCGCAUCCAUCAUUGAAGCCCAACGCACCGGCUUGGAAGAAGCCUCCGUGCCCCGCCACUACCUCUACAGUGAAAAAGUCGGUCGCAUCUGGCCCCGCAAGGCUAUGCGCAUUGCCAAUGACUUUGUCGAUACUUAUGUAGAAUCUGAUAAGAAAUAAGCAACUAUUUAUAGACUGUCAAAAUACAAAAAAAAACUAAAACAAAAUAAAU